AGUGGGAGGACCUUGAGAAUCCGGAUCUGGAUCCAGAGCCUCCAACUCUGCCAUAGGGUAAAAAAGUUGAGUAUUAAUAUUUGCUAAGAAUGUCAAACAGAUGCUUCUUGGACAUUUCAUCAGACUUCUCCCCUACUGGGGGACAAGAAAAAACAAAAAUGAAAAAAACGGUUAAGCAGUGCAUUGGCCGGGAAUCGAACCCGGGCCUCCCGCGUGGCAGGCGAGAAUUCUACCACUGAACCACCAAUGCAGGCGACAGCUGCUCCUUACUGACCCUACCUGAGCUUGUAAGAGGUGGAGGCGGCCGGGGUCAGGCAGAAGGUGUAGGCCAGGGGCUCGGCGGAGGAGUGGCCCCCGAGUAGCUGACGUGGGUGGAGCGCCAGGCCAUGCUUCCUCCCGCCCGGAUCCGGCCACCCGGCCAUAAAGUCGCCCCAUAUGGCCAGGGGCGGCCCCACACCCGGGUGCGAACAGCCCGAGGCCCCGAGCCUCGCGUGCAGACACUUUAUCUGGAAGCCUCCGAGCGUUCACGCACCAUUCUGCAGAGGGUCAUGUUCUUGGUUUGAGAGUCGGUGGGGAAACGGAGAGCUCCCAAGAAAGCUGCGAAUGGUGGUUGGCGGGGAGGACUCUGAACUUCAUUCCUGAGUCCUGUCCCAAAUCACCUCAACUCCCUCUCCCCCUAAUAACCUCCUCCCUUCAGCCGGGUUCCACCUCAUUAUACAGCCUUAGGGGACUUAAACCAGCCAAUGCUGCAUUGGCCCCUCAUUUCCCACACUCCCAGGCCAGUUCCACUCCUUCCCCUCCCCCUUGCGCUCCUCCCCUUUCCGGGAGCCUCGUGCCCCGGGCCGCGCCGGGCGGGAUCCGGGUGCCGAAGGGGGCGGGUCCGGGUCCUACACCCCCCCCCCCAACCCAGGAGCCUGCGGGAUAUAAGGCGCCAGGCGGGCAGGGGCUCGGUCCACACCAGGGUCCGGAGGAGCGAUGGUCACUCGGGAUCGAGCCGAGAAUAGGGACGGCCCCAAGAUGCUGAAGCCGCUGGUGGAGAAGCGGCGCCGGGACCGCAUCAACCGCAGCCUGGAAGAGCUGAGGCUGCUGCUGCUGGAGCGGACCCGGGACCAGAACCUCCGCAACCCGAAGCUGGAGAAAGCAGAGAUACUGGAGUUCGCCGUGGGCUACUUGAGGGAGCGAAGCCGGGUGGAGCCCCCGGGGGUUCCCCGGUCCCCAGCCCAGGACGCCGAGGCGCUCGCCAGCUGCUACCUGUCCGGCUUCCGCGAGUGCCUGCUUCGCCUGGCGGCCUUCGCGCACGACGCCAGCCCGGCCGCCCGCGCCCAGCUCUUCUCCGCGCUGCACGGCUACCUGCGCCCCAAGCCGCCCCGGCCGGAGCCGGUAGAUGCGAGGCCCCAAGCGCCGCGCCCACCGCUGGACCCCGCCGCCCCGGCGCCCGGCCCCGCGCUGCACCAGCGCCCCCCAGUGCACCAGGGCCCCCGUAGCCCGCGCUGCGCCUGGUCCCCGUCCCCCUGCUCGCCCCGCGCCGGGGAUUCCGGCGCGCCGGCGCCCCUCACCGGACUGCUGCCGCCGCCGCCGCCGCCGCCGCACAGACAAGACGGGGCGCCCAAGGCCCCGCCGCCCCCGCCGCCCGCUUUCUGGAGACCUUGGCCCUGAGCUUUGGGGGGUGGGGCGGGGGCGGGGGCUGGGGGUGAGGUAGAGACUCCAGCCCGAGGGCAGCAGAGGGACCCGGGCGUCGGGGCUAGCAGGUGUUGGGGAGGGCGGCGGGGCGCGCGGGCGCAGCGCGCGGGUGAGAUGUGGUCUAUAUUAGAGUAUCUAUAUAAAUAUAUAUUUCCCUGGUUCCUGUCCCUUUUCCCUGCCCCCCCCCCACCUUGCAUCUAGGAUUGUACCCUCUCUGCCCCCGGCCCAGCCCCGGUACCUUCCCGAGUCCUUAGUGCAUGGAAUAAAGUGGUUAUUAAAUCCCCGUGUGUCCCCGAGCCAGGGGCCUGCCUUUAUGUCGGCGUCCACGCCCACUUUCCUUCUGUCUCCCUUUCCUUCUGUCUCCCGCCCCUCCCAGUCCUGCUCUCCAUGGCCCAAGCCCCGGGGCAGACAGGUAAGUAAAGAAGAGAGCAGAGCGGAGACUGAGGUUGAAGCUGAAACCAGGUGGAGAACACUGAAAUAGGGUAGGGGGAGAAGGGAUGGGAACCUUUAAGGAAAAGCCGGAUAAAGAGGAAGGGGAAAAAAAAAAUUGAAAUAAAAUCGACUCUGGUGGGAUUCGAACCCACAACCUUUGAAUCGCUCUUUCGUCACUAGAAGUCCAAUGCGCUAUCCAUUGCGCCACAGAGCCACCUGGCGGGCGGCGGCGUCUGACGGCUUACGGGUACUAGCAUGCGCAAGGGGCGGGGAGGGAGAGGGGUGUGAGGGGAUUGGGCGGGUGGGCCAGGAGCGCGUGGUUGGGACCUCGCAGGCCUGCCGGGGAGAGGUAGCGGGCCAAAGGCACGAGAGCCAGGUGGGAGUGCGGGCGCGCACGGGCGGAAGAGGCCGGGAGGGAGAGCAACCGAGCAGGAGCGAGCGAGUACAGAGCUCCGGCUGCCCGCUUGGGGGAUGCUUCCGGCCCAGGCGCACCCCACUCCCAGAUGUGGCCCCACCCACGAAAAUAAACUUGUUUUCGUUGCAAAUGUCGGUGUGUCUCUAUUUCCUCCGCCCUGUCUGUUUCGCCGUCCGCUGCUCCCGGGUCUGGGGUUUCCAAAGAGGGCCCGCUGACUUAGUAGAGUCAUCGCGAGCCUGUCUCGCCCCUCUAGUCUCUUAGGAGGACUACGGGGAGGACCCGUUUCCACGCAGGUAGCGUGGCCGAGCGGUCUAAGGCGCUGGAUUUAGGCUCCAGUCUCUUCGGAGGCGUGGGUUCGAAUCCCACCGCUGCCAAGAUGGAGUUUUCCUGGUGGCCUGUGCACCGUAGAACUCGUAAACCCCCUUCCAAUGGGACGUAUGUCUCUCCUUUUUACAAGGACUGCAUUCAGCGAUGGCACCAUCCCCUCCCUGCUAUUCGGGACAGCCUGGGUGGUGGCAGCCCGCAGUACGGUGUCCUGAAACUGCGUUCUCUCU